AUGGCCGCACCUCAAAGAUACCCCUGUUUGGUUUGCGAGCAAGUGUUUACUGAGGUUCGCAAUUUGAAAAGACAUGUCAAAAAUAUUCAUGCUAUGGAGCGUUAUGUUUGUUCAUUUUGUAACAAACAAUUCACCCGAAUUGAUAAUAUGCACC